AUGGCAUCGUCUUUUACUCGACUCCCAUCCGAUUCUCGCAUCACUCUCGCAUCCGUGCUCCGCUUCGUACGAUUGGCCACUUUUGCCCGGCCAUACCUUUCAAUUCACCAACACGCGAACAAUUUGGCCCCCGUUCUACUGCCACAUAUCAUCCUCGAGACCCUUUCAAGUGCGAUGGAGUGGAGUGAAGGCUUGGUAGCAGCUGUAUGGGACGCUCUGCGCGAUGAGAUUUGGGUGGGAGAAUCCGCGCCAGCAAGUUCGGCUGAGAUCUAUGAAUAUAACCGAUUCGCGCUGGAAAAGGGCACUUGUGAUCAUACCAAGGGAGUCAAACGCGCUCUCGUUGAGCCACGAUCCUACAAAGCAAGCUUAUUUACCGUACGCGAUGGGCCACUUCCUAUCUACGUCACUACUUUGUAUUGUCGAAAAUGUCAAACACACUACCACACCGAUUAUCACAUCCACAAGUCUCAGCGCACAUACUAUGGUGGGAUCCCCGACAUAAUACAAGUAGCGCAACAUUUCUUCAUCGAGAAUGCCCUUCUUGAGCUAUUCGUCGCAGGACAGGUGUUUGGCUGGAUUUCGGCAACCAAUUGGGCUCGGAUAUACAACCACGCACUGGCUCCUCCUCAACCUCACAUCAGGAAUAAUGAAGCCGCGUUCGCGAUGUUUCCUGUACCCUAUCGUAAUGGCUACCAUUAUCCAAAUUGGCAGUUCUCCUUGUCCAUCCGACCCGAGGAUGUUCUAAAUGGGUUUUUCUUAUACUCGUUGCUUAUUGACAAGGCCGAACAUGGGUGGAUCCUAUCGUUGCCACAUAACGAGAGUAGUCAAGUGGAUCGACUUCAAUCGGCCCUCUCGGAGCGGAAUGGGACCAUGGAGGGUGUCGGACAGGACGCGUAUCCUCACGUGUGCAACCUCUGUUGCCAUAUUUCUGAAGAUGAGAACGGCGAACUGCGCAAGAUACAGGCAGCCGUAUGCGACGGAAACAAUAUGGGCCACCCUUGUUGUGGUGUUCAUGAUUGCAAGACACCUUUAGUGAGCCGAAACGAUCGCUUUUGCCCGAAUCAUCGCAAACGCAACCUCAAAUGUGCGAUCGAUGACUGUGAUGCCCCAAUUUGCGGACGUUUUCGAACUUGCGAAGAUCCCACUCACCGUCAAUUAGAGUCUCGCUACUUUGCGAAGGGGGUUUCGGUGCCUCAACUACACUCACGGCUCCUGCGUGCCACUGGAGUCGUAGUACCUAACGACUCGACUGCACUGCAUGGCGAUGCGACAGAGCCCGAUGAACAUGGAGUGAUUGAGAGCUGCGAGGAAAAGCCAAUUGCACCUGGAUAUACCAAACGCAAGCUACGGGCGUGCUUUGGUACUAAUUACACACACACCGAGUUGCUGUUCAUGCGGCCAUGUGGAGUAAUUCUUUCGCGCGCGACGCUCUACGGUUCUGAGGCAAUCUCUGCGGUCAACCUUGCUGCUCGAGCAACCUUUCCCACCCCCAAUUCAACUCCGGAAUACCUAUUCUACGAUUCCAACUGCAAACUCGUGGCCCAUCAGAAAGCCAAUAACGAUACUCAUUUCGCGCGAACUGCGCAGCCUGUUGAUGUCUUCCAUUUCCGAACAAAGCACAAGGAAACCGAUACGUUCUGUCAACAGCACUGUAAUCCUGCCGCCUUUCCCGAGCUCUUGGAUGCAAAUGGAAAUUGGCGGUUCAAUACUUCGAUCUGUGAGCAAACAAAUGUCUGGCUCGGUGGCUACACGGCGAUCCUCAGAAACAUGGAAGUCACUCGGUAUAAUUUCUAUUUGGAUGAAAUGAUUAAGCGUCGUAAUAGGUAUGUAAUCCAGGAACUCGAGCGCAAAGGACAUAUGCCAUGGAACGUACCUUUUGAUGACUUGUUUUCUACCGUACAUGUUGAUUCGCCUCCUCUGAAUUAA